UUGGCCACAACUAGCCAUUGCUCACUCAGCACUCAGCCUCCAGUCGCACGCCACACCAUGAAGCUCAGAGCUUGUCAGAUAUUCCUGUUAGUUGCUCUUCUGGGGAUCCACGCCCUGGAAGCGGUGGUGGUUGGUGGGGGACACCAGCAGCUCCACAACAACAACCGGAAUGGCUACCGAUACAAUGGACCGGCCCACAAGUACCUGCCCGUCGAACAGCCAGAGGAGCACCAUCGGGAGCACCAGGAUCAUCAGCAGAAUGGCUAUAAUGGGCCCUAUAGCUCCCAGCACUACGAUGAGCAGAGGCAGCACCAUGGCGGCAAGGAGCAGGCCUGGCAGCCCGUCUUCUCCCAGGGUGUCUCUCAGGGAAGUCAUCAUCAAGGAUUAGGAGGACAGCAGCAACAUCAUCAGGGACUGGGAGGACAACAGCAACAUCAUCAGAUCCUGGGAGGACAACAGCAACACCAUCACAUCCUGGGAGGACAACAGCAACAUCCCAACAACGAGCAAUCCUAUGAAGGAGAAGCCUGGAACUCCCAUCAGGGCCAGCACGGAGGUCAGAAAGGAGAGUCCUGGAACUCCCAGUCGGGGCAUCAAGGCCAUCAGAAGAUAGAACCCUGGACCUCGAACCAGGUUCAGUAUGAAACCCAAAGAGGAGAGUCCUGGCAGUCCAACCAAGGCCAUCAGAGCAGCCAACGAGGAGAGUCCUGGCAAUCCAACCAAGGCCAUCAGGGAGGCCAGAAAGGAGAGUCCUGGCAGUCGCAUUCCAGACAAUACGAUAACCAAAAAGGAGAGUCCUGGAACUCUCAACUGGGAGGAGAAGCCUGGCAAUCCCACCAAGGACAUCAGGGCAACCUUCGAGGUGAUUCUUACGGCUCCCAUUCCGGACAACAAGGCAACCACCACGAAGAAUCCCUCAACUCCCAAUCGGGACAUCAAGGCCACCAAAGCCAAGAAUCCUGGAACUCUCACUCCGAGCAGCCCGAAGGCCACAAAGGCGGAGAAUCCUGGAACUCGCAGCGUGGAGAGUCCUGGCAAAGUCACGGCAACCAGAAUAACCAAUACCGCGGCGAUCUCUGGCAGCCCAUCCGUGACCAGGACCUGGAGAAACUGCCCUCCGCCGAGGCCCAUGCCUCCAGCCACAAAACCCUUGCCCGUCCCGGCAAGAUCUCGAAACUAGUGCCAGCCUAUACCCUGUCCAGUGACGCCGAGCACGAUCGAUUCAUUGGCCUGGACUCCUUGGACACCCGUCUGCUGUCCCAAUCCCUGCCGGAUGCCUACAGGAAAGUGCCCUUCUCCUCGCCCUCUGGCCCCGGAUCUCUGGCCCAGAGUCAGCGUCAUGAACAGCAACUUGGAGGAUCCUCAUCCUCGGGCUAUUUGCAGAUGCAAUCCCACUCGUAUCAACUGCCCUCCACCCAGAGCACCCACCGGGAGUAUCCCCAGGAGCAGCAGCAUCACUCCGGCAAUCGGCAGUACUCCGCCAAUGCCUAUGCCGUAUCUCCAUCGUAUCUCCACUCUUCCCAGAACCCAUCAUCCUCGCAGUUCUCGCAGUCCCACUCCCAAAACCCUUCAUCUCAGUUCCCAUCCCACUCCCAAAACCCUUCAUCUCAGUUCUCAUCCCACUCCCAGAACCCUUCAUCUCAAUUCCCAUCCCACUCCCAAUCCCCUUCCAAUGGCCUGACCCAUCCCAGCAGGGAGUUCCAGCCCCCAUAUUACUAAAUAUUUCAUUCCAAAAUCCUAUUAUUUAUUUUUUUUUUUUUUUACAUCCAAAAUUAUUAUUUUCAGAUCUUGCAUUUCUCGAGAAAAGCAUUCAAACUGAAGAGUUCGAAACUAAAUUUUUGUAAAAAU